AUGCCACGCCAACUCGGGGGCGUUCGGGGCGGUCUCACGCUGGAGAAGUUGGCUUCGUACGACGACGUGAUCACGGACGCGCUGGUUGACAAGGUCUACUACUGGACCACCAUCCGCAAGAACCAUGGCGGGCGCUUCGCAGCGUCUCGCGGCAUGCACGAGGAGGACAUUGCCGACCGCAUCCGCAGGCAUGUCAUCUGGGACAAGGACCCCGCCGAGGCCGUACAGGAGCUGCUGAAGCUCCCCGGACUGCGCAAGUUCAUGGCCGGCAUGAAGGAUGACAAGGACCAGGAGCAGUUCAAGCGGCACCUCAGGCGAUACGUCAACAUCUACCUGCCCGAUUGCCCGUUCGAAGUCACCACCACCAACCGCUACAUGAUCACCGAGCACGAAGCCUCCAUCACCGCACGCAGAGACAUCAACCCGCGCGAAGAGAUCAAGUACCUGACCGGCGUCCAGGUCGCCAUGACCGAGGACCAGGAGCAGAAGCUGGAGCUGGCGCGCAAGGACUUUAGUCUCGUCAUCUCGAGCAGGAAGAAGACGCGCUCGCUUUUCUUGGGUCCCGCUCGAUUUGCAAACCACGACUGCGAUGCGAAUGCGCGGCUAUCCACCAAGGGCUACGACGGCAUGCAGAUUGUUGCAGCAAAACCAAUCGAAGCCGGUGACGAGAUCACCGUCUCGUACGGCGAGGACUACUUUGGCGAAAACAAUGAGGAGUGUCUCUGUAACACCUGCGAAGAGCGAGGGGUAAACGGGUGGGCGCCGAUGAAGCGGAUAGAAGAGAGCGACGACGAGGAAGAGGGCGAUUCUGCGAAGCCUGCGCAGAGUCACAAGCGCAAAUCGGCAUCGUUGGAAGACGACACAGCGCGCGAGCUGACGCCUCGAAAGAAAGGUCGGCUCAUGCCAAAAUCACCCCAAACGAAACAGCGCGCCCCAGAACAGUUGCGAGAAGCGACGUUGAGGAAGGCCCACAGUACUUCAUCACUACCCGUCAGCAGUAUUGAGGAUGCGGAAGCUCCAAUUUCAACUUCCAGUUCGACUUCACCCAAGGCGCGCGACAUGCGCAACCUGCAGCGCGAUGGCCUCCUUACCCCCCUCACCGUGAGCCUGGACGGAACCAGCUCUUCACGCGACACAAGCCCGCAAUCGCUUGUGCACUCGCCGAAGUCUGCGCAUUCCACCGACGCCACCUCCAUCGAUGACGACCACCUGCCCGAAGUCCUGCCCAAGAUCAAAAUCGAAGCCGAAGCCCUGCACGAAAAUCCCACGCUAGGAGUGGCUACGCUCUUGACGCAAACCACCACAACAACGGUAAACGCCCCGUUGCCUCCCCUUUUUUUUCCCGACAACGACAGCACGUCAGACCUCAGCGACCUCUCAGACAGCCUUGAGUUUGACAGCGAGCAUGAGCAGAUUGUCAAGCGCAGAUACCGCCCGUCACUACGCACAACACGUUCAAAAUCUAACAACCACCACCAGAACCGCAUCGGCACGCCCAUCGACCUCACGCCAGAGGCAGGAUGGGUCGAGAACAAGCGCAGACGCGGUGACUACGUGACCAGCAGCGCCUGCCUCUCGGCCAAGUACAGCAAGUGGGUCGAGUGCCAAACGUGUGAUGUCGAGUUUGUUCAACAGGACGGCUACAACACGCGUAAAGAGUGUCCACGGUGCGAGCGCCACUCGAAGCUGUACGGGUUUAGAUGGCCCAAAACCGAGAAGGAGGGAAAGCGCGACAAGGACAAGCGCGUCCUCGACCACCGCACCGUCAACCGAUUCGUCGACCCGGAGGAAGAGCGCGAGCUGAAGCAGAACAAGACGAACAAGAUGCUGAGGAAGAGCCUGAUCGAGCGAUACUCGACUCCGAGGAGCGAGCGCAGCAGCUUGAGCACGAGUGUGGACGUGGACACGCCGCCGAGGAGAAGGAGGAAGGCUGCUAGGACAACAAUGUAA